ACCAACAGUAACUGCCACUAUAAUAUCUCUUUGGUUGUCAGGUCUAAGGUUUUGAUUGAUCGAAGCAUUUCUUUUGAGACAAAGGAACAACUGAAGCUUUAGAUUCUUUCUGCAGUGGAAGCUUAGCUGGCUUCUUCACCAUGAAAUCAGCCAGCGUCAGAGCAAGCAGCCAUCCAGUGCUGCCUCCUAUCAUCCCUGAGAAUGAGAAGGAAUUUCUGGAGAGCAUCCAGAAUUACAUCAUUUCAGAAAUUGAGAAAGUAGGCUGUACCGAUCAAGGGCCGGCUGAGGAGUAUUAUAUCAUAUACAAAAAUGUGUUUGAAAUGAUCAUUGAGCAUGUCAAUUCAUACAAGAGUAUUCUGACUACAAUCAAGCAAGAAUAUGAUGCCUUUAUUGAAGCAAUAAAGAAGGGUCAACACACCGCGUUUCAUCUUCAUGGGAAAUUGAAAGUGUUAGCAUGUGAAUCUUCAACUCUCAUGUAUUAUAAGAAGAGAAUUACUGAGCUGGAAGAAAAGGUAAACAAAAUUGAGAAAAAUUCUGCAAGAAUUGAGAACUUAAUUCAGAAAGUAAGAGAUUUAAGGUUGUCACUGUCUGCAAAAGGAGCUCAAGCCCCAACCAAGAAAGUCAAUCCUGCUCAGAAGAUUCCAGGUCUCAACCUGAAAGAUUCCUUUGACAUAGGUGCCCUUUCUAGCCACCUUGUUCAUUUACAGCAGAGGGUGAAGGAGCUGAAAGAAGACAUGUUGACAAAAUACAUCCCUCUGGAGAACACCACCAAUAUUGAGGAGGACCUGACGCAUGCCCUUCACCUGCGAAAAGUGGCGGAAAAACAGAAUGAGAAUCUGAAGUUUUGCUAUUACCGGCUAACGCAGCUUGCAAAUGUUGUGACAGUCUGGGAGAAUUCUGACCGGAGUAUCGAUUCCCUGCAACAGCUCAUCUCUCAAAUGGUGGAAAAUGAGAAACUUUUGAAAGGUAGAAUUGUCUCCAGCAUCUCCAGUGUAUUUGAACGGGACCCCACCAAAAGCAAAGAGGCUGAAGAUCUCAUUGAAUACAUUGAAAGGUUCAACGAACUGUUUUCCCGUUGUCAGUACGAGGCCGCCGCAAUAUACGCAGCCAACUGUCCGAGAGGAAUCCUCCGCAAUGAAGAAACCAUGGACAAAUUUAAGGCUGUCGGCCCCAUUAAAGGGAAGAUCCUCCCUCUGCUUAUGUACUGCGAAGCUCUCAUAAGCACUUCUGCGAAGCAACCACUCCCUGCACAUUUGACAGCAGAAGCCAUCCGAUGUGCCUUGAAUGCAAAACGGUUAGAUCUGGUGAUGCACUGGGUCACCCUGCACAAACUGGAAUUCUCCGAGGCAGCCGGCGAUGUGAUUUACCAGUAUGCAGAGGUGGAUAAGCACAACAAGUCCCGGUGCUUCGCUCUGGCUCAGAUCGUCUAUGGAAAGUGUGGGGCGCACAAAAAGGCUGCUCUGUGCUUGUGCAAACAGGGCCAGAUCUUUGGAGCCAUGGAUUACCUUCAUCACUUCAAGCGCCUUCCCACUGAGGAUUACAUCUUCCUAAUUAGGCUUUGUCCUAGCGUCGAACUCAUCCACUGCCUAACUCAAGAGUGGAACGGGAAUCCAGCCCUUCUGUCCCUCGGGGAAACAGUCCUCUCCCUCAUCAACACAGAACACCGCAUCUAUUGUGUACGAUUGCUGGAGGAUAUUGCCAACGAAGGCAUUGAUGUGUUGGAACAAAUGAUUGUCAACGAUUCGGUCUGCACCGUGGACGGCUGGAAGCAGAUCGCUGAAACCUUCCUGCAGACCAGGAGAGAGAAAUUAUCCAAGAUUCUCAUCUCCAUCCUCGCUGCCCAGGACGGUGUGGUUGAAUUGCCUAUAGAUGAUCGGGAGGAUGCCAAGUUAAUGGAUCACGUCUUCUUGUAA